AGGCAGGGGAAGCGCGAGUGCGCGAUGAGUGAGCAAUGAUUCCCCUGCCAAAUCGCAAAACCUCACCAAGCCAAUCCAAUCCAGAGACCAGACCGGCGGCGGCCCCGCGCGCCCGUCGCCAUCAAAGCCACCGCUGCGGUCGCUCGCUCCUCGCGGACCCCUCCUCCUCCUCCGCGGACCACCGCCAGCGCUCGACGGCAACACGCGCACGCGGCACGCCCCACGCGCGAGGAGUCAACAGGAGAGAGACUGGCGGUGGCAGUGGCAGUGGCAGUAGAAUAAGCUUGCGUCGAGUGGGAGUUGGCGAGGCAUCGCUCGCUCGCUUCGUUCCGCUCCACCCCACUCCGCCCACCGAGUCAGUGCCAGUGGAGCGCUUCCUUGACUUCCCCUCUCCGCCUCCUUCCCUGCCGGUGCCCGUUCUUUGCUCCCUUCGCCGGCACGCCCGCCGCCGGAGCGGAAGAGAGUAGGGGGGAAUGCAGCCGCCGCAGCACUGCCUGCCGGCGGCCGGCGCCUGGGGUGGGGUCGCGGGGGCCGGGGCCGGCCCCACCACCGUCGACGAGGCGUCCAUGGAGCGCAGCAAGAGCUUCAUCAAGGCCCUGCAGGAGCUCAAGAACCUGCGGCCGCAGCUCUACUCCGCCUCCGAGUACUGCGAGAAGUCCUACCUCAACAGCGAGCAGAAGCAGAUGGUGCUGGACAACUUGAAAGAUUAUGCUGUACGAGCUGUCGUCAACGCGGUUGAUCAUCUGGGUACUGUUGCCUACAAAUUGACUGAUCUUUUCGAACAGCAAGCUUCUGAGGUGUCAACUUAUGAACUGAAAGUCGCACGACUGAACCAGCAAAUCUUCACAUGCCAAGUCUACACAGACAAAGAAGGCCUCAGGCAGCAGCAAAUGAUGACAGCAAACAUAAAACACCACAAGCACUAUAUCCUACCACCUGGUUAUAAAAGAUCUCCGGCGCAUGGACACCUGCAAGCAGACACUGAUCAGGAAUCCAAGCCUAGGCCUUAUCCCUCUGCAAAAACUCUUUCCUGGCAUCUGUCUUCAGAGAACAGCACCAAAGCAAACACACAUAAACCUACAUUUGCCCUACUGGAGACAGCACCAUCAACACCUGCAUCAGGUAAGGAGCGGUCUGCUUCUCCUAUGCGCAGGCCUCUGCAGUUUAACAGGAGCACCAGUUCUGAUGCUAUGCAAAAGGUUGGCACUAAGAACCAAUCUGGUGUAAAGGAAUUUUCAACGUUUCAUUCCUUCGACAACCCUAAAGGUCGUGCAAUCCAAAAGGCCCCUGUUGGCACUAAAAGCAUGCUAGCGGCUCUCUUCAUCAAACACAAAUCAUCGAAGAUGAAAAAGAUCGCAGUUCGUUGACAAGCUCACGUUUGAUUGGGGUGACAUCACUGUAAAUUGCAUUUCGUGCAGGAACGGAAGCCUGUUAUUGUACAUCUGGCCUAUCGCUAUGUGUUGGGUAUGCUGAUGGUUUAGAUUCUGAGUAUUCUGUAGUCGUAUUUCAUUUCAGAAUAUAUCAUCUUGCAGAUGACCGAAAUGUAAUGAUUUCACAUAAGCUCAUACAACAUCCUCGUCGUGUAAUGCUGCCUGAAGCUUUGGCAUUUAGCAUAAAUAAAUGCAUUUUGGAAAUAGCCUUUCA